AGUUAUGGGUCUGAGGGGGAAGCUGGGAAUCUGAGCCCCCCGAGUCCGAGGCACUGGACUAACUGGACGCCGACUUGUUAAUAUCUUCUCCGUAUUCGUGAUCUGCUCCGCUCCAGGUGCUUACAAUGUUCCAGCACAGCAAUAACAAGAAAUGCUUCACCAUAGAGUCUCUGGUCGGGAAGGACGCGAACAGCCACAGCAGCGGCGGCGGCUCCGGGGAUGAGCCCAUCCGGCCCACGGCGCUCAGGUUCCCGGAGUCCCUGCACCCAGCCGCCGCCGCCGCCGCAGCCGCCGGGGUCUUCGGCUCCUGCUUCCAGGGAAGCAGCGGGAGGACUUUGUACUCUGCCGGGCCGGACAUGGUUCUUCAGGAGCCCGGGACACACACGCAGAGCCCCGGCGGGCUGCCGCUGCACCCGCUGCAGAUCCCCCCGCAGAGCUUCUUCAGCCCGCAGCACCGGGACGCGCUCAGCUUCUACCCCUGGGUGCUGCGGAGCCGGUACCUGGGACACCGCUUCCAAGGGGAGGACAGCAGUCCGGAGAACCUGCUGCUCCACGGUCCGUUCUCCAGGAAACCCAAGAGGAUCCGGACGGCGUUCUCUCCGUCUCAGCUGCUGCGUCUCGAACGAGCCUUCGAGAAAAAUCACUACGUGGUCGGAGCUGAGAGGAAGCAGCUGGCCAGUGGGCUGUGUCUGACCGAGACGCAGGUGAAGGUGUGGUUUCAGAACCGCAGGACGAAGCACAAGCGUCAGAAGUUGGAGGAAGAGUCUCCGGAGGCUCAGCAGAAGAGGAAGGGCAGUCAGCACAUCAGCCGCUGGAGAGCAGCCACGCAGCAGGCGGCGGGAGAGGACGUGGACGUGAUCAGCGAGGACUAGACUGCAGCAAACACACGCACACGCACGCACACACACACACACACACGCACACUCACACACGUCGUACCGCACAAACCCCUGAAGGUCUUUAAAUCCAGACGCCUUCCCCACGCGUGGCGGAGUCAGACUCUGAACAGGUCGGGUCAGUGUUCGCUUCAGACUCAGGUGCAUGAGUUCCUCUCUCCCAUGUUCGUCCUCAGGAUGGAGUUAAAGCAGAUUUAUAGAUAUUUACAUCCACUUUUAAUGUGCGUGAACCAGGCAGGUCCAGGAGAGUCGGUCCCCGGGAACCCACACUGCCUCUGUGGGAUAUUUAAAAACAUCAGAAACAUUUGCAUUAAAAACAGAAGCAGCUUCAUGAAAACACGGAGUGUGUUGCUUUGUCAGAGGAGACCGAGGCACGAGGCUAACUUUAGCUCCCAGUACCAACAAUGGAAAACCAGUUUGAGCUGUGAUGAAUCUGUGAAUCCAGAUUUAGAUUCACGCAGGAAAA